CGCACGGCUGAUAUAAAAAACAAGGCCGGCGAAAUGUCAUACUACUUCACAAUUCUCUCCCCAACAGAUGUUCCCCUUUUUAACAUUGCCUUCGGCACCUCCAAAUCCGGCGGCGAUGGCAUCGCCCGCUUUCGCUUUCCCGACGCCGCCCAGAACACGUAUAUGACGCAGUUCAUUAUCCACUCUAGUCUCGAUAUGCUUGAGGAGGCACAGUGGAUGGGAGGUAAUAUGUACCUAAAACACAUCGACACAUACCCACCUGCUUCAGCAUAUGUCUCUGCUUUUCUAACGCCCUCCGGCACAAGAUUCCUGUUAUUACAUCAACCACCUCAGCCAAAUCUACCCCCUUCUGGUGCCGGUGGUGGCAGUGGGGGACUUGGGUCGAGUACAAUGAGCCUUGGUUCCUCCGCGAUGGGGAUGGGAGGAUCAGGGCUCUUCGGAGGGUCAGGGGUGGGUUCGUCAGGACGAACGUCGAGCAGUUCUAUCGCGGCGAAUCCGACGGCGCCGCAGACGGAGGAGGCGGUUAGGCAGUUUAUGACGGAAGUCUAUGAGGCGUAUGUGAAGACGGUGAUGAGCCCGUUUUAUAGAAGGGGGAUGGAAAUUCGAAGCCCGGUUUUCAGGUCGAAGGUAUCGGCUGCGGGAAGGAAGUGGUUAUAA